AUGCGCGGCAUAUCUUUAGCAGUUGCACUGCCAGUCUACCCCAUGCUGAGGCAGAUUCAAAAGUCCCUGUCGGGGUACAGUGACAGCGAGGUCGCCGUCACCCUCUACUCGGUGUACGGGACGCCUGGCUUUCUCCAGCACCUGCGUGGGGAGUUUGCAUUCGUCUUGUACGACGAGGAGCAGCAAAAGGUCAUCGCCAUCAGGGAUCGAUUUAGCAUUAAACCGCUGUUCUGGACAGCCGUCGGCGAUGGCGGCGGGACGCUGCUACUUGCAUCCGAGGCCAAGGCUUUCCUGCCCCUGGGCUGGAAGCCUGAGUCGGCAUCUACCUCCUAG